AUGGCCAGAAUCGGCGGUCCGAGAUAUGCCGGAUAUGACGAUACUCAUUUCACUCAAUUCUAUGCCGCAAGCAUUACAAGACAACCCAGACAUUAUGAAGGGAGCGUGGUUGGAUACAUUGUUCACGCGCAUUGCUGGGCGCUCUUCAGUCAAAUUGAAGGACUGAAAUUGAAUAAAACAGCCCUUGCCCAGGUCGUUCAGACUUGCCGCAAAUUCUGGCACAGAAACGAAUUAUGGGGGGCCUAUGGAGAUAUACUGGACUCUAAGAUCGGAUCAGGCGAGCCUUAUUUUAAUGAAGAAUACGGCUGUGACUUCUUUCAAAGUCCGCUCGUUGUUGGUGCAGUUCAAGAAGCAAUCAUUCGAGCCAAGGAGGAAAAUUUGCGUUUUUCAAGCACUAAAGCCAUUGUUCCGCUUUGUCGUUUUAGCGGCCUUCCAUUAGAAAUUGCUAUCUUGAUCGCCGAAUUGGUCUGCCCGGUGCAGUAUACGCCGAAUGAUGUGAACGACAUGAAGGAAAUGCUACUAGUGUUUCGUUGGAAGUUACCAGAUUGGUUUUGGCGGAAGCGAUGGAGCAAACAUCUCUUCAUUGAGCUAGGAGCGAAGGGUGGGACAGCUCCAGUGGACUGGCUAUUGUGGCUUAAUUUACUUGGUCUUGUUUCAGAUCCAGACUGGUUUCGUUACAGUGGUCUACCAAACCGCGAGCGAGUGGUGGGCAUCGUACUAGCUCUUGAGAACAUCUACGUGCAAUAG